CGUCGAAUGAACCUAAUUUCAUUAAAAUCGGUGAGAUCGCCCGUCUCCUUCAUAAUUAUCGAAAAAAACGUGAUUGCACAAGGAUAAUUUAAUAAGUAAUCAAGAUGCUGAAAACGCUUAGACUUAGUCACAGAUUCUGUCGGGUCCAUCGUGGUUCUAAGGAUUCUGUGACGCGAGUGCAAAGAAGGCUAUUCCUGUCGGAGGCAUAUCGCUGCGAGGAAGCGUGGAAUCGCAGGCUAGAAUCGCCGCUGUUACAGAAGAUCGACCUUGCGUCGAUGUACGUCCAGCUGGACCAGAAGUACGAGAACGUCGGCAAAGUUAGUGCCGUCGACGUCGACAUCUUCGUCAACAGCAUCACUGACAACCAAUAUGUCGAUGAGGUGACAAAAAUUUUGCAUAAUCUCAGGCAGUCCGUGGAAACAACAAAUAUACUGGAUUCCACACACCAUGCCACAAUACGGUACUUCUUGCAGCACAAUCACAUUCAAGAUCUGCUUGACGUGCUGAACGAUAGAUUAAAUUAUGGUAUUUUUCCCGAUUAUUUCGACUACAACAUGCUUAUGGAUCAUUUCAUAAAUAAGAAAGAUUAUGCCUCUGCUGCAAAAGUGGCAAGUUUGGUCAUGCUACAGGAAGACACAGGUCAUCCUAUCACUAAUACAUUAUGCUUGUAUGCAUGUCAUAGAUAUCUAGAAAAUCCUGAUGAAUGGAAGAAACCAGAGAUACCAGUAGAUACUUCUGACACAGAGGAAGUGAAAGUACGUGUAUCGUAUCUAAGAAAUCCAUACUUUGACGAUCACUUUGAUCUAACUGAUCCAAGAGAUCUUGUUGGCAAGACCUUAAACUUUCAGGGAAAGCAUAGGGCAGAUGCUAUAGGGAGAACUUGUCAGUUAAGAGGCUUGAUAUUGUAUAAGAAGUAUGACGAUGUAUUAAACUUAAUAAAGAAGUGGUUAGAGACGAUGCAAGACAAAAUAGUUUAUGAAGAAGUAUUCAAAUUAAUAUCAAAAGAUAACAUUGGACUCCAAGAUCAUGAUGUUGAAAAGUACAAACUUGUGGAGGCUCAAUUAUCUGUAUUGAAAGAAAAACAAAAUCUUAAAGAAAACUUUAUCGAAGCGAUAGAGAAUCUUGUUAAAGCAGCUAUAAACGAGAGAGCUGAAAAGGACAUUUCCAAACAAUGUCAGACUUAUCUCGACUGGGAAUGUAAAAGAACUUCAGUAUUAGAAGCACAAAUAAAAGCAAUAGAUAGAGAAAGAAGAAUUGAUAAUAUAAAGAAGAUAAAGGAGGAUUUGAAAAAGAGGGAACAACUCUUGACAUUCUUCGACAAGGAGGAAGAAAUUGAAUUAGAAAUAGAGAAGAUACAGGAAAAGGAACGCAAAGAAGAUGAACGUGUUCGUGCCAUGCCCAAUAGUGCAAAACAUUUAAGAAAGCUAGUUACUGUAGAGUCUUAUGUACCACCCGAAAUUAAAAGUUUGCGCUUGUUACUGACGGACGGACAUUCUCUUAACGAACGCUCGCGUGGAGAACGACGUGACGACGCCUCGCAAGUCAGAUCUUUAAGUUGCAAGAGAUACGAAAUUUGA